AUGGCCUCCCACGAGACGGGUCAACUGCCCGCGGAUAUUAAAAACCGCGGCGUGAGCCCUUCUGCCCACUCCCAUCCCCAAUAUGACGACGACCCCUCGGCUUCCUUGUCCCUCGAUCCCUCUCUGUCGCUGAACGCCUCGUUUCCCAAUCCCCCUCCCUACCUCAACGAUCUCCACGCGGGCGCGUCCGAUUCCGACCCCUACGCCUACAGCGCAGCCGGCUAUCUCCCCGCAACCUCCGGGUUCGCCCCCGCCGACCACGCCUAUCCCCAGACCCUUCCGCUGUCGCAGCCCUUCGAUCCCGCCGCCCACCAGCAAGGUCUGCCGCAGACACACUCCCUGCCCCCGUCCGACGACCCCGACGUGGCCUCCCUGUUAGACUCCAAUCCCAGCGGCUUCGACUUCUCGCUCUACCAGAACCCCACCCAGAAUCAGGCGGUCAACCCGGCCGACCUCGUCAGCCAGAUGCCGUCGCCCCGCUCGCCGCACUCCCCCCACUCGGCGGCCUCACCGCAGUUGUCGCCCCAGGACCCCCCGCACUCGUCCCCGGGGCCCAUGUCGCCGCCCGGCUCGACCCCGGGCGCCUACUACACCCCGCAGCACUCGCGCCAUGCCUCCCUGGACCCCGCCGCCGCCGCCUAUCUCGCGGCCAACGCGCACCCCGACUGGCAGGCCGUCACCGGGAAUGCCGCCUUCCAGGGCCACCGUCGCGCCCCCUCCGAAGUCUCCGAGGUCUCGUCCGCCGCCCACUCCCCCUACAUGUCGCAGCACGAGUCCUUCGACGGGCCGGACAACAACCCCUCGCCCCUGUUGGCCCCCCAGCAUGACCCCGGCCUGUACGACAACGCCCUAGGCAUCGAGUCCUUCACCCUGUCCGACCACCCGCCGGCACCACCGCCCCAGGCCUUCAGUCCGGGCCAUAGCCCCUACAUCUCCCCGCAGCUGAUGCCGCAGCCCGGAGGCGAGAUGAUCCCCAACAUCCCGUACGUCUCCGCGCCGGGGGGCCCCGACGCCCAUUACCCCGCCCCGUCCCAGGAUCUCUACGCCAAUGGCAUGGAUGCCUUCCCCGGCAUGCCGCCGGGAAACAUGCCGCUGGAUAUCGGCCAGGCCUCAUCGAUGGCGCCGCCGUCGAUCAACGUGGAAUUCGCGCCUCCGUCGCGAAACCCGAUCGUUCCGCAAUCCAAAGCGGCGGGCGAUCUGGACUCGUUGAGCCCGCCUCCUCCGUCCAUGCGCUCGCGCAUGCGGAGCAAGUCUGAUCCCUACGCGCACCCGGCGUCCCGCCCCCGCUCGCCAUCCACGACCAGUCUGGAGCCCUUGGCGCCGUCGUCACCACGCUCGCUGUCGCCGUUCGAUCCGGGUCGCCACAGCAACCCUGGAUCCCGAGACCCGUCGCCCGCGUCCCGCUCCCGCCGUGUGUCGACCUCGUCGAUCGACAGCCGUAACUACAUCCUCGGACUGGCCGACCCGCAGCGGCCCGGGGCGAACCCCAACGACUCGAAGCGCGUCCAGAAGCACCCGGCCACGUUCCAGUGCCACCUCUGUCCCAAGCGCUUCACGCGCGCCUACAAUCUCCGGUCGCACCUGCGCACCCACACGGACGAGCGGCCGUUCGUCUGCACGGUGUGCGGCAAGGCCUUUGCGCGGCAGCACGACCGCAAGCGGCACGAGGGGCUCCACUCCGGGGAGAAGAAGUUCGUCUGCCGCGGCGAGCUGGCGCGCGACGGCCAGUGGGGGUGCGGCCGUCGCUUUGCGCGCGCCGACGCGCUGGGCCGCCACUUCCGCUCCGAGGCGGGGCGCAUCUGCAUCAAGCCGCUGCUGGACGAGGAAUGCCAGGAGCGCGAACGCAGCAUGCUGCACCAUCCCCACCACCCGCAGCACCUGCAGCCCAUCCCGCAGCCGCUCACAGUGCCGGGCAUGGACGGGUCGGGGACGGGCCAUUUCGUGCUGCCCGCGGCGCUACUAGCGCAGUAUCCAGCCUUGCAGACCCUACAAUGGGACCAGAUCCCCGCAUCGGCCGACGACCCAAGCGACAUGGGAGGUCGCAGCAGCUUCGAUGCCAGCUCCGGCGGCGAGUACGGGUUCGACGACGACGAGUCAGUGCUGAGCAGUGUCUCCGGCAUGAGCGGAGGGUACGGACACCCUGAUCCCCUGUACGGGGGGAAUUCCGGACCCAUCAUGGGAGUGCCGGCGGAGACGGGCUACCAGGGGGAAUGGCGAGAGUAG